CUCGGGAGUCGGUCCGCCAGUCGGUCGGGACAUGUCGGAUACGGGUAGUGCGGGUGGUGUCUCGUCGCUGGCGAGUGAGGAAAGUUCGGGCUACUGUGACAGUGGUGGGAUAGUUGCCGUAAGGAAGCCCUGGGAGCACGAAGGGGUUGCCCCUCCCGCGGCAGAUCGGGUGGCAGCCGAGCGGCUGUGGGAGGUCCUGAAGCGGUGCUCCGUGGCGGGGGACCGUGGAGCUAUGCAGCUGAGCGGCUUGGUGGACUAUCUGCUACUCGGCUUCAAAGCAGGAGGCCUGACUCCCACCGCCGGCUGCCCGGCUCCAGCUAAGGGCCUCCUGGAUUGUGGUCGCUGCCGGCAAACUCUUGCUGGCCCGGUCACUCUGCGCUGCGGCCACACCUGGUGCUGGCGGUGCCUCCUCUGGGAUCCCCGGUGCCAGCUGUGUGGGGAAGAAACGGCGGCGCCGGGGGUCGAGGCUCGGUCCCUCCGGUCCAGUGUGAUCCUGAGUCAUCUUAUGGCCAAGUGGUUCCCGGCCCAAAUGAGCCGUGUUCGGGACAAUUUAAGACUGGAGGAGUUAUUGUCCGAGGGUCGAUACCCCGAGGCGUUGGCCUUAGUGGAACAACUGGACUUAAAACCCAAUGAUGUUGUCUUACUGGGCUACAGGGCUGAAUCAUAUGCUGGUCUUCAAUUAUUCACAGAAGCGAUGGAAGAUAUAGAAGCUUUGUUUUCAAGAAUGCCUGCUUGGCCGGAGGGUUACUUUAGAAAAGCUAGAGUGCUGCAUUCAAUGGGUCGGGUUGAGGAAGCCAUACAAUCACUACUUCAGUGUUUGGCCUUGGAUGAAAACUUUACUCCAGCUGAAGUAGAAAUGGAAAAGAUUUUAUCUCAUUUGCUGACACUCGGUCCUGAGAAUGUCAAAGAAGGAUUACUGCACAGUAGGAAUAAAGCUUUAACAGUACAAUUGUCUACUGCUGUUGCCUGCUGUCAAAUUCUGCCAUAUUCAACCAAGUUGAAAAAUGAGCAGAUAUCAAACAGAGGGAAGGGAGAGCAAGUAUGUCUGGAUCAAGCAGAAUUGUUUCACUCCUCACUUUCCAUGGGGAAGACUGUUGGAUUACAAAGGGUUUCUUCGGCUCCACUGUUUUCAAGCGAAAAGAAAGCGGUUAACAUGAAAAGAAAACUGUCUUUCAGUGACCAAGAAAUAAAGGAUACUGUCAUUUGGAAGAAUAAACACCAAAAACAGAAUACUGAACAACUGUGCCAUUCAUGUUCUGAGAGUAUACUAACAAAAGAUCAAAUAGAUGUGUCAGACUUUGAAUGUUCUCUUUGCAUGAGAUUGUUUUUGGAGCCGGUCACUACACCGUGUGGCCACACCUUCUGUAAAGGCUGCUUGGAACGAAGUUUGGACCAUAGCCCAAUGUGUCCACUAUGUAAAGAUAGUCUAAAGGAAUAUCUUGAAAACAGGAAAUUCAGUGUUACCUGUAUAUUGAAAGAAUUGAUUGCAAGGUACCUUCCUGAAGAAUUGUAUGAAAGGCAAAAGAUUCAUGAUGAAGAAACUGCUGAACUAGCUAAUUUAACCAAGAAUGUUCCUAUUUUUGUGUGCACAAUGGCAUAUCCUACUGUGCCUUGUCCACUUCACGUUUUUGAGCCACGGUAUAGGCUUAUGAUUCGAAGAUGCAUUGAUACAGGUACAAAACAGUUUGGAAUGUGCAUCAAUGAUCCACAGCAUGGAUUUACUGACUAUGGCUGUAUGCUGCACAUAAGAAGCAUUCACUUCCUUCCUGAUGGGCGAUCAGUUGUGGAUACUGUUGGUGGAAAUUGUUUUAAGGUUUUGGAAAGAGGACAAAAAGAUGGAUACUACACUGCCAAUAUUGAAUACUUGAAAGAUGUAAAGGUUACAGGAGAGGAGUUGGGUGAACUUAUUGAUCUACAUGAUAAGGUAUAUGUACAAGCUUGCAAAUGGUUUCAAAACCUGAAGAGCAGAUUUCGUAGUCAAAUUCUCCAGCAUUUUGGAUCAAUGCCAGAGAAGGAAGAAGAUAUACAGGUAAUGUGCUAAAAGUAGGGCUGGUGGGAGAUAACAAACAAGAGAAAACCUGCAGGUGCUGGAAAUCCAAGCAACACCCACAGAAUGUUGGAGCACAGGCGAUAUUUCGAGCUGGGGCCCUUCAUCAGUGCUGAUGAAGGGUCUCGGCCUGAAACAUCAGCUGUACUCUUUUUCCGUAGAUGCUGCCUGGCCUGCUGAGUUCCUCCAGCAUUGUGUGACUGCUUAAUGGUGGGAGAUGCCUUGUAUGCUGUGGACAAUAAUAUUUUAUUGUAAUGUAAUAAAUAAUCAUUAUUACAUCAAAUUUGGUGUCUACAUAAUCUUUUCAUCUUGAGGUAAGAUCAAUUAAUACAAAACACAAGUGCAAAUUAUAUAUGAACAAAUAUUUGGCUAUAUCUCAUUGUUUAUGGAGCUUUUAAUUUUUAUAAUUUUGCUGUGUUGCUUUACAUUUUAUUAGUGAUCAUAACUUUAAGUACUUGUCAGCUGUAAAAGCUUUUGCAAUAUUCCAAGGUGUGAAAAAUGUAUACAUGCAAAUAUUUUUUGAAUACUGUUGUACUUAGGGACCUCCGAAUGGACCUGCUUGGUGUUGGUGGCUUCUAGCUGUUCUUCCUGUGGACCCUAGAUACCAGUUAUCUGUGCUGUCCAUGACGUCCUUGAAAAAUCGUUUAAUUAAAAUUCAGAACAUUUUGAUAUAUUUCUCC